GGGCUGCUUGACCAUGCUCUGGGUGCUCUGGCCAAGGUGGCUGGCAGGCAAGGGGCUGCCCGUCCUGGGGGCAGUGCUGCUGCUGAAGAAAGAGAAGAGGGGACCUCAGUGGAGGCAAUGGCGGUGGGAAACCCACCCAUACUAUGACCUCCAAGUGAAGGUGCUGAGGGCCAGAAACAUCCGGGGUGCAGAUCUGCUGUCCGAAGCGGACUGCUACGUACAACUGUGGCUGCCCACAGCAUCCCCCAGCCCAGCCCAGACAAGGGUGGUGGCCAACUGCAGGGACCCCGAGUGGAACGAGACCUUCCACUACCGGAUCCAUGGCGCGGUGAAGAACGUCCUGGAGCUCACCCUCUAUGACAAGGAUGUCCUGGGCAGCAACCGGCUCUCCCUGCUGCUGUUUGACCUGAGGAGCCUCAAGCCUGGCCAACCCCACAGACACACCUUCCUACUCAACCACCAGGAUUCACAAGAGCUGCAGGUGGAAUUUGUUCUGGAGAACAGCCAGGUGCCUGCGUCUGAAGUCAUCACCAACGGGGUCCUGGUGGCUCAGCCCUGUCUGAGGAUACAGGGCACCCUCGGGAGAGAUGGGACAGCCCCACAUCGAAAGCAUGACUCUUGGCAGAUUCGGCUUGCAGUGCCCGGGGCCUACGAGAAGCCACAGCUCCUGCCCCUGCAGCCUCCCCUGGAGGCAGGUCUCCCAGCCACCUUUACCUUCCACGUGAACUCAGUGCUCAGCUCCAGGCUGAAUGUGGAGCUGCAGGAGAAGCUUGCAGUCCUGCAGAGCAGCCCGAGUGCUGAGCUGGAGGCCCAGAGCAGCAAGCUGGGCGAGGGGGACAUCCUGCUCUCCUCUCUGGCCCUAGGCCAGGAGGAACAGCGUUUCGUGGCCCUGGGGGAGGGCCAGGAGGUGGCUCUGAGUGUGAAGGCAGAAAUGAGCUCUGGGGACCUUGACCUGCGCCUUGGCUUUGACCUCUGUGACGGGGAACGGGAGUUUCUGGACAAGAGGAAGCAGAUCGUGUCCAAGGCCCUGCAGCAGGUGCUGGGACUGAGCCAGGCUCCCGAUAGUGGCCAGGUGCCUGUGGUGGCUGUGUUGGGUUCGGGAGGUGGAACCCGAGCCAUGUCUUCCCUGUAUGGCAGCCUGGCGGGGCUGCAGGAGCUCGGCCUCCUGGACACUGUGACCUACCUGAGCGGGGUCUCUGGGUCCACCUGGUGCAUCUCCACACUGUACAAGGACCCAGCCUGGUCUCAGGUGGCCUUGCAGGGCCCCAUUGAGCAUGCCCAGGCUCGGGUCUGCAGCAGCAAGAUGGGGGCAAUGUCCACGGAGCGCCUACAAUACUAUGUCCAGGAACUGGGGAUCCGGGAAAGCAGUGGCCACAGCGUUUCCCUCAUCGACCUCUGGGGCCUUCUUGUUGAAUAUUUCCUGUACCAGGCGGAAAACCCUGCCAAGCUGUCUGACCAGCAGGCGGCAGUCAACCAGGGCCAGAAUCCUUACCCCAUCUACGCCAGCGUCAAUGUCCGCACCAACAUCAGCGGGGAAGACUUUGCAGAGUGGUGCGAGUUCACUCCCUACGAGGUCGGCUUCCCCAAGUAUGGGGCGUAUGUUCCCACGGAGCUCUUCGGAUCAGAGUUCUUCAUGGGGCGCCUACUGCAGCUUCGGCCUGAGCCCCGGAUCUGCUAUCUGCAGGGUGUAUGGGGCAGCGCCUUUGCAGCCAGCCUGGAUGAGAUCUUCCUGAAGACUGCUGGCUCGGGCCUCGGCUUCCUAGAUGGGCACAGAGGCAGUGUGAACAUCACAGAUGACUGCCACAGGCUCCAGCUGCACGACCCCACGCGGCUGCGGACUAGGCUCUUCACCCCCCAGGGGCCCUUCUCCAGGGCUGUGCUGGACAUAUUCACCUCCCGCUUCACUUCCGCCGAGAACUUGAACUUCACGCGGGGCCUCUGCCUGCACAAGGACUAUGUAGCCAGCAGGGAGUUCGUGGCCUGGAAAGACAUGCACCCGGACGCCUUCCCCAACCGUCUCACCCCCAUGCGGGACUGCCUGUGCCUGGUGGACGGAGGCUUUGCCAUCAACUCUCCUUUCCCGCUGAGCCUGCUGCCGCAGAGAGCGGUGGACCUCAUUCUGUCCUUUGACUACUCGCUGGAGGCCCCUUUUGAGGUCUUACAGAUGACAGAGAAGUACUGCCUGGACCGGGGCAUCCCUUUCCCCAGGAUCGAGGUGCUCCCUGAGGACUUGGAGGACCCCCGUGAGUGCUAUCUGUUUGCUGAGGCUGAGAACACCUGCUCGCCCAUUGUGCUGCACUUUCCCCUUGUCAACCGUACCUUCCGCACACACCUGGCCCCAGGUGUGGAGCGACAAACAGCUGAGGAGAAGGCCGGUGGGGACUUUGUCAUCAACGGGCCAGACACCCCCUAUGGCAUGAUGAAUUUCACCUAUGAGCCCAACGAGUUUGAUCGGCUGGUGGCCCUGAGUCGAUACAAUGUUCUGAACAACGCGGAGACUGUGAGGCAUGCCCUCCAGCUGGCUCUGGACCGGCGGCAGGCUGGGGACAGGGCUGGAGGCUGACCCAGGCUGGAGUGGACUAUGACAGAGAGGAGGGACCGUGGGGCUCCAGGCCAGGGCUUGAUAGGAGGAGGAGUGGUGGAC